AUGACGUGCCGACCGAAAAGCACUUGUAGCAGUAAUCUACUCCUCAUUCCAGAUGCGUUCUUCCGGCUGCGGAGGUCCUCCCACACCCCGUCGUACAGCCAGGGCGGUCAGGAGCCCCUGAUCGUGGUGGAGGAGUCAGAGAACAAUGAGAAGGAGGAGGAGGCAAGCAACCAGUCGUCCCAGCGGCAGAGCCUGGACAUCGAGUCACCGGAGAACCCGUACUUGCUGUCACCGUGGCGUGAGACGCGCAAGCACUCACUACCAACACCGCCCUGCACCAGCGGCAUCACCGCCAGCCAGGUCCGGCGGCUGUCCGAGCGGGGUGGUGAAGGAUCUGGACCGUCGCCCCGCGAGCAGGCCUUCCUGGCUACCCUCUACAGUACGCCUGCUCCACAGCCUGGCGGGCGGCGUCACUCGGUGGUGACGAUCAGCCGCGUGCCGCCCGCCCUGUUCGGUCGGAGCCGCAGGGAGUCGAUUGCGGCCCUACCGGCUGGCCAACGAUCAACCGCAAGCUCCCGGCGCGAAAGCAAUAUCGGACCGCCCCCGUCGACGGACCACAGAGGUAGUAUACACAAUUUACAGUUAGAUAUUAUGGAUGAUAUAGUACAGGCCCGGAAAGCGCGCAUGAAGCUGUGGAACACGAGCAACGAGCGUGUGUGCGAGGUGCAGACGCUCGACGAAGCAGGCACCGGCUCCAGCUCGCCGAUGCGAUACACGAACCGGCGCUACUCGGACUUCGUCGGCACCACGCUGCCCCCGAUACAGUCGUUUCGGCGUGCCUCGGAGAUGCCGAUCUCGCCCUGUGGCCCGCUCGGGCCAUCUGCCGGUGCGGGCAUCGCGGGCAUCGCGGCCAUCGCGGCGACCACGUCACCGGCCGGGCCGGAUGCGGCCUUGAAGCCAAAACCGAAGAUGGGUAUCGUGUGCACCAACACUGAUCUGAUAUCUCUCUUAUCGUCUCUAGCCUCGUCUGCGACAGAGAUUAAUCGAUGUGGCGAGAAAGAGCACCCUAGCCCCCUAGCUUCCCAAGCGUUUCCGCCCAGGGCGGCCGCCAAGAGCCCGACCCUGGGCGUGGCCACCGCCAGUGGCGCUGGCGGUGGUGAUCCACCGAAGAGCAGUCUGCAGAAGAACCGCUCGAACAGUUUUGACAUUUCGCUCUACCAGAAUAUCAAGCAGCUCGCCACCGGCGCCGGCGGGUCGGGCGGUGGUGGCGGGGGCAGUGGCGGGGCCGGCGGGGCCGACCCCGAGCGGUCGUUCGUCGAGUCCGGGUGGUUCAUCAAGCGACAUCAGCCGAUGGCGCGACGCAAAUCGGCAGCCAAGUCGCCCAGUGCGACUGUUACGUUUGCACGCGAAACGCUUGACAAGCUGCGCGACAAGGAACCGGCCCAUAAGGACGAGACGAAACCAAAGUCGAAGGAGUCGCGAUCGCCGCUGAACAAGCUGAAGUGGGAUGGCCGGAGCGCGAUCGUGGACGCGCGCAUGAUCGGCCAUGCGAUCGAGAACUUCAUCACCGGGUCGUCGUCGUCGUCGUCGUCAUCGUCCUCCAAGAAGGGGUCCUCGUCGGCCGGUGGCAAGGAUGGGUCAGCCGGCCGGUCCGGCGCGAAGAAGUCCUCCUCGUCGAGCUGGUUCGGCAAGGCAGAUGAGGACGAGGACUCAAAUGAUGCGUGCGAUUCGUCGCUCUGCUCCACGCUGAAGGAUCUGUUCGUGAAGUAA